AGGGGCGAGAAGCAUGGCGGAAGGGGCGAAGGAGUUUGAGGCGGCGGGUCUGAGCGGGGAGCUGGAGUGGAUAGAGACCGAGCUGCGGGCCUCCCCGGGCCUGCUCGCCGUGUCCAACGAGUACUGCUUGAGGUUUUGCCGGGUGACUGAAUGGUAUGCUGGGACUUGGCAGGUCCCUUUGCCACUACUUCAGGUGCUUAAAAAUGCUAUUUGCAGUUUUACCAAAGCAAGACCCCUUCUCGCUGCGGAAUGUGAACAUAUACAAUAUGUCUUGAGCCGGCUGGCUUUGAGCUGCUUUGAAGUGUUGCUGUAUUUUACGGAUGAUGAGCAAUCUAAAGAAUAUUGGGAAGACUUUUUAAAAUCCAUUCAGGAAUGUCACAAUGUCUUACAAAGUGACAUAAAUGCAGAAUUUGACGUGCUAAUCAAGAUGAGUAAAAAUGGGGGACCAUGGCAGAAUCCAGUACUACAAUCCAUUGUGAAUCAAAAGUCAGUAACUCAGGAAUCAGUGACCGAAUACUUGAGCUCAGAAUCUCCAGUAUUCCUUGAAUACAGAGUGAAAUACUUGAUGAAGUAUGAGCAUAUCACAGAAGCAAUGACUCUGACCAAAUACUGUGUGAAUCAUCCCCAAAUUGGUGAAAACAAGUAUUUUCUGCACUUGUUUUUGUCCUGGCUGUGUCGCUCGUCCCCAGAAGAAGUCUUACUGCAGGAGAUUGCACGGAUUGACUGCAAGGAAGCAUUGGAUGUUAUUUGUAGAUUAGAUUCAGAAGAGCAGGUGGAAUUAUCUUGGAUCCUAUGUGUCGCAUUUCUUACUCAACAGCUACGGAACGGAGAUGUGUAUUGCACCAGGGAGUUGAUAUUGGUCUGGAGCAAGCUGCAGCUGAAAAUUGAUUCAUCCAAGCAACACUUUCUGGAGAAGUGCCACCACCUUUUGCUGACAUCCAAGAAUGUUAAUCAUAUCUUCCUCUUCAUCAGGGUUAUUCAGAACGAGAUUGGAGUUGAAGGCUUGCAAUUUUGUGUAGAACUGUGUGCACGUGCCCUAAGAAUGGACUACCAAGAUGAACCAAAUACUAAAACUUUAGUCUGUAAAACUCUCUCUUAUCUGUUGCCAAAUGACUUGGACUUCUGCAGAGCCUGCACUCUUACAGUUUUUUUCUUUGAGCGUACACUAGAGUCUUUUAAUGCAGUUGAAAACCUGUAUAGUCAGCCAGAUGAGCUGCGAACUGAAGAUGAAAAUUCAGUUCCAAGUUUUCUUCGCUGUGAACUACUGCUUGUGCUGAAAACUACCUGGCAUUUUGAUCCUGAGUUUUGGGACUGGAGAAUUCUGAAGAAAAACUGUCUUGCAUUAAUGAGUGGCAAGUUGACCCCACCGCAGUCUUCUGAAGAUGGUCUGGUUGUGAAAGAUCUGAAUUGCACGGAGGCUAACGGUAAGACCAAAUCCAGGACUAAAGAAAAACUCUGUAAGAAACUGCAGCCAAGUCAAGGAAUAUCCAAGGCAGAUGGUCAUAUUACUCCGAUGCAUCGCUGUGUGUUGUGUAAAAAGGAAUUCCUUGGUGGGCACAUUGUACGUCACGCCCAAGUUCAUCAGCAAAGGGGUGCCUUCACUUGCCUGAUCUGUGCGCGGAAGUUCAGAUUGAAGGGGCAGAUGUUGAAACAUUUAAAAACUCACGUGAUGAAAGUCCGAAAACAGGAACUUGCAGCUCACACGGAUACUCAAAAAGAAUCGUGCAAUGUUACCGAUGGAUUACAGGAAGCUUGCACUCACAUCAAUGGAAUCCUUGAUGGCGGCAAUGAAAACAAAAAUGCUUUACCUGUAUCUGCCAGUGGAGAUGAAGAGAUUGACUGCAAAAAGCUAACAGGGGAUGAAGCGGAUAGGGGUAGCGUUGGGGAUGCUCCUGCUGAACCACAGUGCUCUCCUGCUUCAGAUGGAGUUCAGAGUGAGCCUUCUAAAACUCAGGAGGGUUCUAGCAAAGAGGCUGAUGCUCAAGCGGAUAAUGGCGCUGCGGCCGGACCCGCUGCGGCCGGACCCGCUGCGGCCGGACCCGCUGCGGCCGGUCCCGCUGCGGCCGGUCCCGCUGCGGCCGGUCCCGCUGCGGCCGGUCCCGCUGCGGCCGGGCCCGCUGCGGCCGGGCCCGCUGCGGCCGGGCCCGCUGCGGCCGGGCCCGCUGCGGCCGGGCCCGCUGCGGCCGGGCCCGUAGUGGAUGGUCCUGUAGCGGAUGGUCCAGUUGCAGCCGAUCAACUUGCGGUCGGUCCCGCUGCAGUUGGUCCAGUUCCUGAUGAGAAGUCUAGCUCAGAUCUGGGUGCUGUACUGAUCAAAAAGAAACGUAGAAAUCGUGUUGUAAAGCAGAGUUCACCAGACCAUAAACAAAACGGAGCUUUGUGCGCACAAGAGGAGGUGCAACAAGACAGUUCUGCUUUCAAAGGAAAAGCGGCUGAUGUUUUAGGAAAUGAAGGCUCUCUUUCUUGUCCAGGUCACGGCUGUUCAAAAGUCUUCACCAAGAUACAGUUUCUGACUAAGCAUGCGAGGAAAGUCCACUCUGCUGAUGAAAAUGUGCAAGAUUACCUAAUGAAGUGGUAUAAGGGCAAGUGCCGUUAUUGCCAAAGAAAAUUCAUGUAUUCCCAGCAUUUAAUUGACCACCUAAAGAAGCAUGUAUACCCUAAAUUGUACUUCUGUUUACAGUAUAGCUGUAACCAGAGGUUUAAAUCUGCUUCUGAACUUCUCACUCACACAAAGGGUCAUGAGGUUUUCCAAGCACAGUGCAGCUUUCGUGACUGUGACAAAGUGUUUGAUAAACUUGAUGUGCUUUACGAACAUGAGGCCCAGCACUACAUCAGCCGAAAACCUAUCUGCUUCGCUGACUGUGAUAAAAGAAACUUUCAGGCAAACAAUGAAGCAAGCCCCAAACUGAAGGCAAAUGACGAUAAACGCUUAAUAAGUGAACAAAACCCUGUGGAAUUGCUAGUUCCGUCAUGGAAGUCACGAAAAGACUUUUCAGAACCAAAGACGUACCUUCAUAGUAUGGUGAGCAAGCAGAGUGCAAAUGGCACAUUAAGUGAUCCUUCACCAGUUUCCAUUGAAUUGGAUCAGAAAAGCUCCACCGUCGAAUCUGACAGCACAAAUUGUGGUAUUAAUAAUGAACAAAUAGUAAAUGGACACAGUGAAUUGAAAGAACCUUCAUGUGAUUCGAAUACGGAUUCAUUUUACUCAGGUGAUGUGUCAAGAGAUGGCAAUGCUGAUUCCAAUAAGCCCAGUCUUUCAACAGAUGUUUUGAGAGAAGUGCUUACCUCGGCAGUGUUGCACAAUAGUGUUCCAAAAGGCGCUUUAAGGGAAGAAGCCACAACGGCGUCACAGCAAGAUAAUGUCCCUGCAGCUUUGCAGUCCUCCACUAACCGAGAACAGAAUGCUGGUGUGAGGAAACGGAAGGAUUCAGGCGCACAACCAAAAUACUGUAGACCACAGCCACCAAGCUACCUAGAUGAACGGUACAUUAGCAUGCCAAAGCGUCGGAAAUUAUCCACUGAUUCAAGUCAUCCCCCCAGUUCCCAAGAGAAUACAGUUAACAUGAACACUGAACGACACAUAUGUCGCAAAUGUUUCAUGAUUUUCAACAGCACAGAAGCGUUAGAAAGACACAACUCCUUGAAAAACUGCAGACCACUCUUUGUUAUGGAAUCAGAUGGCGAUGAGAGUGACUAGGAAAGCCAUGCGAGAAUGACCAUUAUGAAGCAUCAGUUCAUUUGGUUUCCAUUUUAUUCAAUGUACAUGUCUAGAGUUCAUCCCAACUUAAUCAAGUGCCAUGUGAGGUCUACAGGCUCAAAGGAAAAGGGCAAUUGGAAGAUGGAGUAUAAAAGAUGCAUGUGUUUGAGGCGAUCACCAAAUUAAAAUCAGCAGCAAUUUAAUUCGGAGAGUGAAGCUAACUUGAAGAGUUGCAAGAAGUGUGUUAAAUCCGUGAUGCAUUAUAGAAAUGGAUGUGAAGCUUAGACGCGUAACCUUCCUAAGUGAAUGGAUUCUUAUCAGUCUUGCCAUGCAACACUAGCAAAUGUGUGGUACAAUUUUUUAUUUUUGCAGUAAAGAAAUAAUGUCCAUAGCAUUAAUAAAAAGCACCAGUUGGCUUGUAAUGUUAUAACAUAAGCACUGUUAAUAAUCCUAGGGUGCAGUGAAUCCAAGCUAGUUAAAUACUGCUACUGACUAAUAAGGGAGUGUCAUAUAUGUCUGGUCAUCUUCCAAAACGACACUGCAUGUUGAAUGGUUCAUGCUUGUGCUGGCGUGAGGAAAGAUGAACAAAAAGUUCAGAAUUGAUUAGGGGAACGACCAUCAAGUCCUUUUUCUUCCUGGGUAUCCUAUAGGUGCUGUAUCCCCCUGUUCUGAUAUUCAUAGGAUAUUGACUAUCUUGUAUGUAUAUGCUACAACAAUUUCUAUAAGGCUGUAUUUAUUCACUAUAAAACUAAUGGUGGCCACACAGCUCACCAGUAAGAGCUACUGGCGAGUUUCAUGGCACUUGUCCAGCAGGACUGCCUACCCAUUACGGCUUUGGCUUGCAGGGUUGAUGACAUGUCAGUUAUAAAACUACUGGACUUUGGCUCCCAGCAUUUUAAUGUUCAAUUUUAAUACCAUUUUGUAUGGCGUUCAGUAGAACAUGCACCUCAGUGUAACUUGCAAAGGUCUUGCUUCCAAUAGACUUAUAUUGAGGAUGGAGUCAUUGAGGAUGAAAAUUUGUUGAUGAAAAAAAUUCAAAAGCCCUUCUGCAUUAAAAUGCCUCUUAAAGGGGCUUAUCAAAUCUGAGCAUUUUGUUCAUCUUUACAAAGACUUCUGAAGUUCAUACAACAGACCAAUCGUUUGUUCAAGAAAUUGGGGACCUUUAAUUUCCAAUUGACUUUGCAGAAAUUCAUCACACAUUAAAGAUGAUGAAUGAACAGUCACAGUCAGAAGUUCCACGAUCUCUCUCUAAAUUUGGAAAUGUGACCACUCUGAAAAUGCUACAGAAAUGAAAGUUGGGGGAGGCGGAGAAGAAAGCAUAAACUACUGUCAAGCCAAAAUAAUGGUGUUCAUACUCCAGCACAUUGCAAGGAUUGUUAGAAAAGCAAUAAUGAAACAUGCAUUGGUUAUAUGCAAAAAUCAAGUUUCUUUGAUUUACACAGAAUACUCACUUCUUUGGGCAACAAACCUUCUGCUCAAAUGCCUUAUAUUGAGUGCAGGGAUACGCUUUAGCUGCUAAAGAGUGCAGGAUUUUAUUUUUAAGUUGUCCAUCAGAAACUUGAUUGUUUUACUAUUCAUUGUGUAGUGGUCUCUGGUAAUCUGCAAGUUUAUCAGUGGAAAUAUCCUUUAAGGAGUUCACUACCAAGUGUUAGUGGAUUUGUGGUUUUGCGUCGCAUUGAGAUAUUGGUAUUCCAAAAGAAAAAGCUUAUAUUGUGGGAAAGAGAUUAAUGGACUAUUCUCUUAAAAAUGAUGAAAUGCACAACUUUUCACAAUGUUGAUUGACACCAUUUGAUUCAGGGAUCAAUCUGUGAGAGUAGGGAGGAAUAAAUGCACUUGCUUGUCAACAUUUUGCUGUCGAAGAUGGUGUAAGUUGCUGUAUGUGCAAAGCAACAAUGCAAGUUAGGUGUUCCACUCAUGAAGUAAUUAAAUCUCAGCGGAUUUCAUGAUUUGAGUUCAAUACCUGAUGAUUUCAGUGUAAAACAUAAAGGUUGAACUUGUGCAUUACUGAAUGUCAUCAUUUUGCUUUUGGUUUGCCUACUGACUGGGGAAGUCAAAAUGGUUUGCUCUAUAUUUUUUUCCCUGAACCGGAUGAACCUGUGACCACGAAUGUUCAAAGCUGUAUCAGGUCACUUGGAAAGUUUCCGCAUUACUCCAGUGAGGUAGCUAGAACCAGCACAGACACAAUGGGAUUCCUGGCCCCCUUACGUACUGUAAACUUUCUAUGAUUCUGUGACUGGCUAACCUGAGAGUAGAUUUUAUUCUUCAGUACCUAGGCAUACAUCAGUAUUCCAGCACCGCAAUGCAAUUUUUUUUUAAAUGGCAACUGUGGUUGCAUUUGGUCGUGGUAAAUGUUUUUUUUUUGCAUUCUUCUUAAGCAGUGUAACUGAUCUUAGAAACUGCAUUCCUUUUAGAACUUAGAUAGGAUUGUAACACCUUUCUCCAUCCUUGCUUCAUGAUCUCUGAGACACUAUUGCCUGCAGUAUGAGUACAAUUUGCAAUGUUAGAAACUUAGAGCAUAAUAUCAACGGGGAGAAGAAGGGCAGAGAGGUGACUGAGAAUUUAAAUAGAUCGAGAAUCUCAAGUAGCCAGUGGUACAGGUACAAGUCUGUAUGAUGGGCCUCUGCUAGACUUCGCUUAACACUUUCACCUUAACAUACAACUUGCCUGAUUGAAAUUGUAAGUUUUCAUAAGGUGAACAUUUAGUUAUCACAUGAAUUUAGUACAAAUCCUACUUGUCCGUCCUCCUCACACUCUUUACCGUAUUUUCCUUCCCAUUCAGUUAUUUUUCUUUUCGUUUUCACUCUAGCUUUUCUUGAUAUUUUAGCAGAUAGAUUCCUUCUCUACUAAUCUAUUCACUGCCUCCCCCAGUUGGGUUGACUAUCUAAUCAGGGCAAGUAAAGGAGGUGAAUUUUGUAAUAGCCCAAUUAACCUUGGUAUUUGUGUGGAGAUAUAAAGAUGGUUGCAAUAAGGUAACUGUACAUACUGCAUUGAGAAUCUCAAUUUCUGUUGCUUCAUUGAUAUCAACGAGCUGCUAUGACUGGAUUAAGGCCCCAUACCCACUCUAGUGAGGUUGACCUGAAAUUUGUAUCUUUGUUCCAAAACCUGAAAUCGAUGUACCUUAGUUUCACAGGUUGAGGCCCACGCCAUGUCAGGAGCACGUCUGAAAUAGUAAUGCAAUCUACGAUCUACAACUCCAUGUCUCCUGCUAUCUCACCUGAAAGUCUGCCUCACAGAUUAAGGGUAAUAAAUUACCAAUGCUGUGAAGUUUUAUCAACUUCUGACCUUUUAACUUACAGUUUUAAGCAGAAAAGAAUCUCAUUGGUACACAUUGUAAAGAUUGCUACUGUGAGCGGCUAAAGGAAUUUUCAUCAACUAGUCAUUAUUCCUGGAAGUUAUUCUAGAUUUUCGGGUACAUUUGCCUAUAAUGUAUAUUUACAGGGUAAUUUAAUAAGCCUGUAGACAAAUAGAUUGUUUGCACCUCAAGCCCCACAUUUUCUCUGUUCCCCAAUAUAUUGACUUGUAGUUCCAACUUUAAAAUCGUAGUCCUCACACUGUCUCCCUUCUCCCUCACUCCUUUAGCCUUCGGUCCCCAUCCACUGGGCUCCAUAACAUUGUGCCUUUUGCAUGAACCUUGCACGCAAUAUCCAUUUAGGAAACGGCAAGCUUUCCGACACACGUUUCCCCCUCCCCGUCCCCAAUCUUUCUGGAACUCUUUCCUAAGAUCCCUUCUGGCUUCAAAAUCCUCUAAUAAGCCUAGUUUAACCAUGCUUUUAAUCAUCUCCUUCCUGCCUUUCUUCCCCCUCCUUCCCUUUGCAUGUAAAUUGCAAAUUGUUUUCCAUAUGGAGGGAGAGAGCUCACACUCCCUUUGUAUAUUUGGAGGAGAGUUCAAGGGAUUCAACUGUGAUGAAACUUGAGCAAUAAAUUUCAUUCGAGUCUUAUCACUGAAGAAGUUUAGAUAGUUUUUAGCAGGAAAGUUCAAACGGUCACAGACUGGAAGCAAGGUUGGACCUAGUGAAGCAGUAAGUAGUAACAGGUGGAAGGACCCACUAAUGUGAUUGAGGCCCAUAUUUUGAAUAAUGUCACUUAAGACCAUCCAAAAGUGUGAACCAAGGUUCUGUGAAUUUUAGGGGCCUUUUCCCACUAUUGCUAUUCAUGGAGAGUAGUUUUGCUGCUGUUUUNCUGACAAUAAUCAGUUAAACAGUAAAGAUGUUUCAAGUGCCAGUUUUACCUUUGAUAGUUUUUAAUAAAGGAAUACAGUACAGAGUAGUGCACUAAAAUGCAAUGUAAUGAAUAGUGGUGUUACACCACUUAAAAUAAUUAUGUAGCUCAUGAAUUGAAUUUGCAACUGCUGUAAAUAACGUAAACAUCAGGAUUUUUUAAAAAAGUAUUGUGAUUUGACAGCUUUAUUGUAAGUGUAAAAAAUCUCUACAAAUUGGGCCAUUCAAGAGGAAGUAUAAAUUAUGAAGAAGUCUUCCAAAAAAAGAUGGUUUCCAGGCAGAUUUCUGGGUACAGUUAACUUUGGAAGAAUGCAACAAAAACCUGGAUCAUGAGAUUAAAAGAUUUUUCCUUGGAUUCAAUCAAUUUAUUUCUCCAAUUUAAGGCGCUUCUGAGGUGCAGUCAUUCUCAGGUCCUUUUUCUGGGAUUUUUUAUAACGCACGCAUUGAUUUCUUCAUUAAUCCUACAAAAACUUGAGAUUAAGCCCCUCAUUUAAAGAACUGAUUUAUUUAUUUUCUUUAUAUAAAGGCACUGACAAGUAAGGGAGGAAAGCCUUAUGUGGCACCAAUGUUUUUUUUCUUAUUUUUAAACUGAUACUUGGAAAAGAUUUCCACAAAAGAUUAAAUACACUUUGAAAUAUUAACUUUUGCACUUUUCUCUAUUGAUUAUUUGUAAUGGAACUAUUUAAAAUUUGAUUAUUCCUGGUUUAGCAAGUUCCACAUUUUGUGCUUCCUUGUUGAACAUUUGUACAUUACUCUACUUUGUGCUUGUUAAUAUGAAGCUCGAGCUGAGCCAUAAUUUGAACUGCAGUCGUCCUGGCAGAUAUGGCCUAGAACCUUUUAAUAAUUUGCAGUUCCCAAAAACCUGGUUUGAAAAUUAGUUUUUUGUACUUUGCCUGAAUUUGAUUAAAAGUCACUGUUGUCUCUUUGUUCUCCUUAUUGUUUGAAGUGUUUUCCCACCCACUGUUUCAAUAUUUACUCCCAGCAAAAUUGCAAAAUGCAGUAGAAAGGAAAUUAGUACAGUAAUACUCGCAUAAGUCUGAUCUGUAUAAAUCAUAUAAUCGCAUAAGUCGUACAUCUGUCCAAGUCUUGUUCAAGAGUUUAUAUUCUAUGCAA